AGAAAGGAAAGACAGAAGCCAGAACCAAAUCCAGAGUUAUGCAAUCCAACGAUUUUCCUCUAUCUUUAGAGGAUUCUGAAUUUGUAGAAGUUGAUCCAACUGGAAGAUAUGGGAGGUACAAUGAGAUUCUUGGAAAAGGGUCUUCUAAGACAGUUUAUAGGGCUUUUGAUGAGUAUGAAGGGAUUGAAGUAGCCUGGAAUCAGGUGAAACUUUAUGACUUUCUGCAAAGUCCAGAAGAUCUUGAGAGAUUGUAUUGUGAAAUUCAUCUUCUCAAAACUCUCAAACACACCAAUAUUAUGAAAUUCUACACUUCUUGGGUUGAUACUGCUAAUAGGAACAUCAAUUUUGUAACAGAAAUGUUCACUUCUGGCACUCUCAGACAGUAUAGGCUGAAACAUAAGAGGACAAAUAUUAGAGCUAUCAAAUAUUGGUGUAGGCAGAUUUUGCAAGGGCUUCUCUAUCUCCACAGUCAUGAUCCUCCUAUUAUUCAUAGAGACCUCAAGUGUGACAACAUUUUCAUCAACGGGAACCAAGGCGAGGUCAAGAUUGGUGAUCUUGGCCUCGCUGCGAUUCUCAGGAAAUCUCAUGCGGCGCAUUGUGUUGGAACUCCCGAGUUCAUGGCUCCUGAGGUGUAUGAAGAGGAAUACAAUGAAUUAGUGGAUAUUUAUUCGUUUGGAAUGUGCAUUUUGGAAAUGGUGACAUUUGAAUAUCCGUAUAGCGAAUGCACUCAUCCUGCUCAAAUUUAUAAGAAAGUGAUCUCAGGGAAAAAACCGGAUUCCCUUUACAAAGUUCAGGAUCCUGAGGUUCGUAGAUUUGUUGAGAAAUGCUUAGCGACAGUGUCCGAUAGGCUGUCUGCUUGGGAGCUUCUCAAUGAUCCGUUCCUUCAGAUUGAUGAUUGUGUUUAUGACCUGAAGGCGUUACAGUAUCAACGAGAUUAUGAUGACUUAGUCCAUCUUUUAAGACAACCUAUCUUGGGCAGUGCUUAUCAUAGCACAACGAGUUCUUUAGCUAAUGGAUACUCGAAUUAUAUUUGUUAUGACCAAGAGCACGACUUGGAUUCUCACUCCGCUGACUACGAAGCAACUGAGAUCAACUUAUUCACGAGUCAAGACGAUGAUCAUUUGGAAAAUCUUGACAUUUCCAUCAAAGGGAGAAAGAGCGAGGACGACAACAUAUUUCUCCGACUCAGAAUAGCUGAUAAAGAAGGUCGUGUGCGAAACAUAUACUUCCCUUUUGACAUUGAAACUGACACAGCACUGAGCGUUGCGACUGAAAUGGUUGCUGAGCUGGACAUAACGGACCAAGAUGUGACUAAAAUAGCAGAAAUGAUCGAUGGUGAGAUCGCUUCAUUGGUUCCUGAAUGGAAACCGGGAUUUGGCAUAGACGAGAGCCCUAUCAAGAACGGUAGCUGCUGCCAAAACUGUGAUGCAGGCUACUUGGGCAAGACUCUGCAAACAUGUGGAUCUGUCCGUGGCCGCUUUGAAGAGAUCACGUACCAAGUUGAAGGGUUGGAGACCGAUAAUGCUCCUGUGGGAUCAAGCCAGUCCGACGGUGCUCACUUCACAGACAUAUGGGCACAGGAAGAGGACCACGACGUGACUUCCCCAUCAUCUAACGACGACCAAUUUGAUCAGUCCUCUAAGGAGAAGGGGCAAGUUUCACCUCCGCACGACUAUUACAAGAAUGAGAUAAGGCAGGAGCUGAGGUGGUUCAAGGCCAAGUACAAAAGGAAGCAGAGGGACCUCGCUCAUAAACAGUUCGGGGCUUUGAGAGAUAGAUCGCGAUCAUUCUCAAACCUUGCACAAGGAGAAACGGAAGAAUCAGACAUCGAUUAUUCAUUAUACAAGGGGAAGCAUUUCACUCUAUUUCCCCUUACAGAUUCCGAUAGAAGCAGUAGUGAUACAAAGGUGGCCAGCUACGAGUCUGCGUAUAAUUCUUGUAGUCCUGUGCACUUAGUCACAGCCAAGAAUUUCUACUCCGGUGGCUUGCUCCCGCAUUCACUCCACAGGGCUACUUCACUACCAGUCGAUGCCACGGAGCUCUAGACUCGUCCAAUAAGCAAGUAAGACGCGUAUAUAAGGUUCUUGAAAGCUACAUGUAGUUUUGUUGUGGCUUUUAGAUACUCAACUUGAGCUGAAAGUCACUGAUUUUGAGUGAGUGGAUGUACAUUACUAACUUAUUCAUAUAACAGAUAUAGCAAAAGUCCUCAAAAUUGGCAAUAUAUAUGGUCCAUUUUCUUGAA